UUUGUCUCAGUCGCCAGAGACUGAAAGCAACCGCGGCUGCCCGGAGGGCCGAACUGGAGGGUGGGCGCAGCCUUGGCUGCCUUGGGAACCGUGCUGCCUCGACUCGGCUACUCCUCGCUGGGCGGUCGUGCGCACUCGCUAGGUCGGGCAGCCCCGGGUCGCUUAGCGGCCGAGGAGGCGCCAGAGCUCCCGUUCCCCUGCAGAGCUACGGGGACCGGAAGGCGAAACAGAGCUGGAGCACAUGCUGCCCACCAGUGGAGCACAGGUCAUCAAAGCCGAAUCCGAACUUGAAUUCUGUGCGGCGGAUUGCAGAGAUGGUAGGGCGAGUGUCUCCCGGAGGAAAUUCUUCAGGCCCUGAGGACUGGGAUCUGCGACCCCCAGUGGACAAAAGUCGGCCGUACCCCAGAGGCUAAUUUUCUCACGGCAGCACCUGUUGCAGAGGCUGCGAGUAAAAUAAAAGGCGAACGCUAGUUUCCGAGCUCAUAAUCCCUACUGAAAUACAAGGCAGGCACAGCCCAGGAACGUUGCUUUGGAGAAUCCUGCAGAUAAGGCUUUUCCAAAAAGCGCGAGCAUCUUGUUGUAUUCAGAUACCCUACCGUCGUCAGUCAUGGCUAGCAUCAUUGCGCGUGUGGGUAACAGCAGGCAGCAGAAUGCACCUUUGCUGCCUUGGGCCCAUUCCAUGUUGAGGUCUCUGGGGAGGAGUCUCUGUCCUUUAGUGGUCAAAAUGGCAGAGAGAAACAUGAAGUUGUUCUCGGGAAGAGUGGUGCCAGCCCAGGGGAAAGAAACCUUUGAAAACUGGCUGAUCCAAGUCAAUGGGGUCCUGCCAGAUUGGAGUAUGUCUGAGGAGGAAAAACUCAAGCGCUUGAUGAAAACACUUAGGGGCCCUUCCCGGGAGGUCAUGCGCUUGCUUCAGGCGGCCAACCCCAACCUAAGCAUAGCAGAUUUCUUGCGGGCAAUGAAAUUGGUGUUUGGGGAGUCUGAAAGCAGUGUGACUGCCCAUGGUAAAUUUUUUAACACCCUGCAGGCACAAGGGGAGAAAGCCUCCCUUUAUGUGAUCCGUUUAGAGGUGCAGCUCCAGAAUGCUAUUCAGGCAGGCAUCCUAGCUGAGAAAGAUGCAAACCAGACUCGCUUGCAACAGCUUCUUUUAGGCGCUGAGCUGAAUAGGGACCUGCACUUCAGGCUUAAGCAUCUUGUCAGGAUGUAUGCAAAUAAGCAGGAGCGGCUUCCCAAUUUCCUGGAGUUAAUCAAGAUGAUAAGGGAGGAAGAGGAUUGGGAUGAUACUUUUAUUAAACGGAAGCGGCCGAAAAGGUCUGAGCCAAUAAUGGAGAGGGCAGCCAGCCCUGUGGCAUUUCAGGGCGCCCAGCCAAUAGCAAUCAGCAGUGCUGACUGUAACUGCAACGUGAUAGAAAUAGAUGAUACCCUUGAUGACUCCGAUGAGGAUGUGAUCCUGGUGGUGUCUCUGGACCCUUCACUGACACCUACAGGUGCCCCUCCCUUCAGAGGAAGAGCCAGACCUCUGGAUCAAGUGCUGGUUAUUGAUUCCCCCAACAAUUCUGGGGCUCAGUCUCUUUCUACCAGUGGUGGUUCUGGGUAUAAGAAUGAUGGUCCUGGGAAUAUUCGUAGAGCCAGGAAGCGAAAAUACACAACCCGCUGUUCAUAUUGCGGUGAGGAGGGCCACUCAAAAGAAACCUGUGACAAUGAGAGCAACAAGGCCCAGGUUUUUGAGAAUCUGAUCAUCACCCUGCAGGAGCUGACACAUACAGAGGAGAGGUCAAAAGAGGUCCCUGGAGAACACAGUGAUGCUUCUGAGCCACAGCAAGGAUCUAGCCCAGCCCUAAAUGAGUCCUUAACUGUAUUCAGAGUCUGGUAAUGGGAAUAACAGGAGAGGGGGGUGGGUUUCUAACUGCAUGAAUUAAUCCACAAAGCAGUUUUCCUUUGGGAAGGAGAAGAGGUCUUGCAUACCAGCACAGUGGAUGGGGAAUGGUGUGACCUCUGUCCCUGCUCUCUUCUCUGCUGGCUCAAGGGUCUAUUCUCCAUGUGUCUGUUUCUUUGAUGACUUUAUACUUUUUAUGAAAGGAGCAUCUUUUCAUUAAACCUUCAAAAAUGAAGGAAGAUACAGAAACUAAAGUACAAAUUACCUGAAACUCAGCACCCUUUUGUAACCAUUGUCAGCCCUUUGGUGAAUGUCCUUCCAGGUAUCUCCCUGUACCUGUGUACCCAGAUAGAUAUAUGUAUAGUUAAGAGUGAUCAAAUAUAAGUGCUGUUCUAUACUGUGUAUUUUUCACCAAAUAAUAUAUCUCGUGGACUUCUAUGUCGAUGAAUAUAUAUAAAUAUC